AGAACCGAACAUCCAGCGUUACAGGCUGAAGUCCAGAACAAAAAUGUAAAAUUUUCAGUUUCAGCAUUUUUGAAGAUUAUGGCCUACGUAUUUACGACACCCUUUACAAGCAAAAGAGAUAAUUGUUCUACCUGCGAUAACAUAUUGUGCUUGUACAUUCUGUACUGUUUGAUUAUAUGCAGUGCUUUUUCUUUUUUCUUUCCCUUAUGAGCAAUUUUGAAUUUACUAUACACAAGCGUUCUUUGGGGGUUAGUCAAGGUUUUUAUUUCCAUCGUUUUUGUUUUCUUUUUAUUUAAGAAUAGGUGUAACUUCAGCCAAAUUCAUGUAUUGCGUAAUGUUCAGUUUGCUUAAUUUUGCGAUACACUGUAUAUAGAUGAUUAUUUGUAUUCAUGAGGGUUUUGCUUCAUGUUUAUUGAUACUAGGUGCCCAACAACUCUCUUGCUUGUGUUAGCCUUCUUCGUCUUCUUCUUCUUCUCCUUUUCCACCUCUUCCUCCAAAACUGAUCAUGCAGACCAAGCCAUAUUAUUGUACAGACAUUGUACAGAAAUUGGGUCAGUAUUCUCACCCCACUACUUGGGAAAGCGAGAUGAACCCGAUUGCCCUGAUGUUGCCACUACAGCAUUUUGUUUUGUUCCAUAUCUUGAAAAAAUGGUGAUGUUUGUGAAGGGUGCUUGGACCCCACAGCUCUCCUCUUGCGGCUAUAUGUUUCCUUUUUAAUUAAAGAUCUCAUAUCGACUUCUAUUAUUCCUUUCUUUGCACAUAUUUUAAGAGCAUAUUACAAAUUAACCAUUGUUGUUUUAUUAUAGGUGGUAAAUUUAAGUUAUUCAUAGUCACGUGUAUAUCGGCUCUACCUUUGCUGAUUGCUUUUUUUUUGUGUGUCACUUGAGUGUCAAAGUUUCUUGCACACGUGCUUUUGUGUGCUCCAAAGUCCCUGACAGCUGUAGAGAUCUCACACACUGCUUGGAGCUUGAUCCUUAGAGUCUCUUAGAUUAAUGGCAACUGCUGAAUGGGUUCAGUCAUUUGUUUUCUAUUUGAAACUUACUACAAGAACUUAAGAAGAAGAAAAUAUUUAACUUGUCUCUUCAUUGUUUUUCCCUAGCUUACUCUUACAGUAUACUGCAUCACAAAUGUGUGUGCACAUGUUCGCUGUUUGUUAGAUUAGCCUGAACCAGUUUAAAGAUUAAUUCAUCUCCACAUGGGCAAACUGCUGUGUUAACUGCAAAGGAAUUGCUCUGCUCCAGAUCAAGAUGAUCGACUUUAGCCAGAUAUUAUCAGCUAUUGGGGAAUUCGGCCCAUUCCAGAAGCGCCUGCUUGGGGUAAUAUGCCUCCCCAACAUCUUCUCAGCAUUUCACAUGUUUGUCCAGGUGUUUACUGGCAUUAAUUUCCCACACCACUGCAAUACUAACUGGAUUCGGAAACAAGGGCCGAACCUGACUUAUGAGGAGCAGCUAAAUUUGACAGUCCCUAAAGACCCAGCCAGCAAGUAUGAGAGCUGUCAGAUGUUCACUCCUGUUGAACUUGAACUUGAAGUCAUUGAAGCCUAUGGACUUAAUGCUACAGAGAAAUGCAGAGAUGGCUGGAUUUACCAAGCGCCUCAAGGGAGUAGCACCUUAAUUACUGAGUUUGACUUGGUGUGUGACAGUAAGAGUCUGAAUGAGACCUCGCAAUCUAUCUACAUGGCUGGACUCCUCUUUGGAGCUCUGCUGUUUGGACCAAUGGCUGACAAAUAUGGCCGGCGUUUUGUCCUGCUACUCUCAUUGACCUUGCAGUUCUUGUUCGGUGUGGGUGCUGCUUUCUCCCCCAACUUCUACGUCUACAUUGCUCUUCGCUUUGUGGUUGGUGUCACUAUAUCUGGCAUCACCAUCACUACCAACAUCAUAGGCCCUGAGUGGUGUGGUCCAUCACGUCGGGCCCUCUUCACCAUCCUGUCUCACUGUUGUUAUGCCCUGGGGCUGAUGGUACUGUCCGGGUUGGCCUUCGGCAUCCGCAAUUGGAGGAUCCUCCAAUUAGUUGUGUCUGCUCCAAUCCUGAUCCUCGGCGUCUAUUUCUGGAUCCUGCCAGAGUCGGCUCGAUGGCUUCUGACCCAGGGAAGACAGGAGGAAGCCAAGAAGAUAAUCCUGAAUGCAGCCAGGGUCAACGGCAGGAAAGUUUCAGAAUCUCUGCUUGAAAGGCUGGAGGCAGAGAACACAGUCAGAACUGGCAGCAUGCUGGACCUUUUCCGAGUGGCGAGUCUGAGAAAGAGGACGUUGAUCAUGUGUUAUAUCUGGUUUGUGAUCAGCCUGGUGUAUUAUGGAAUCAGUCUGAAUGUGGGAAACUUUGGCCUGGACAUCUACCUGACGCAGCUCAUCUUCGGCAUUGCAGAGUUUCCUGCUCGCCUCGGCUGCUACCCACUCGUUGAGCGCUUUGGCAGAAAAAAAUCUCAAAGUGCAGCGUUGCUCCUUGGGGGAACUGCGUGUCUGGUCAUUCUUGCCAUCCCAGCAGAAUACCCGGUAGUGGUGACUGUCAUAGCGGUGCUGGGGAAAUUCUCACUUGCUGCCUCCUUUACCAUAGUGUAUGUGUACACUGCUGAGCUGUACCCCACUGUCGUGAGGCAGAAUGGGGCAGGAUUAAACGCCAUGUUCGCCCGUGUGGGCGGGAUUCUGGCUCCUCUAAUUGGUCUGUUGGAUGUCUAUCAUCACGCCAUUCCAAUGGUAAUCUAUGGGAGUUUGCCGUUUCUGGCUGGAGCGCUUUGCUUUAUGCUUCCUGAGACCCUGAACACUGAGCUUCUGGAUCACACUGACGCUCUCAUGGAUAAGAAUGUGAAAUCAAAGAAGGGAAAUGUUGAAAAUGGAGGUAACCAGCAAGAAAUGACUAAAGAGUCACCAAGGAUCACCAAAUUAUAAAGCAGUGUUUGUUGAAAUAAUUUCAUAAACCUGUGUAGAAUUAUUCGCAUGUCAUCAUCAGAAUACUAAAAGACCAAAGUAUGCCUGUCGUAAAAAUCCUGUGAUGACACCGAUGAUGACGAAGAUGACAAUGAAUUGCACAUUCUGCUGAACGGCUUGUGGACAAAUAAUGUGCUGUAAAAAAAACAAAAAAACCCUGAAAUGUGUAUUUCUGUAAAAUAGCCCCAAAGUCUAGCAGCUUGAUGACACUAUUGGUAUGAGUUUUAUUCGUUUUUCUGUUGUAUAUUUGACCAAAGGUUUAGUAUUAAAACAUAAUACAGCUGUAAGUCUCUAUCACUUGACUAUGAAGGAUUUCUAGUGAACAUAGAAAUAAAUGCAGAAGCACUUCACCAGUUCCGCUGACUGAAGAAGAUGUUAUUAUAAAAUGUAUUUUCUUCACGGAAUAAAGAGUGACAGCACAUUUUGUGUGAU